CCGCCUGUCAGUCCAAUUCGUAAUUUUUUUUUCUUUUUGCUUUCGCCACUCUUUCUGCUGCCGAGAAAUGAUACUACAUUUCCAGGUCGAAAUCUGUUUGACAAUGGACUCUUUUUUGGAAACGUUCUCUGCAUCAAAUAACGUUCACUUUUCAGCUAUUUAUUGAGCGGCCUAUUUCCGGGAUAGAGACGGGAAGUUGAUAAUAUAUGAGGUUCAUCACCCCUCAGUGACUCACAGCAAAAGAGCAACGGUACAGAGGACGGCACUGCUGAUCUGACAGCUGUGAACGAAGAUAAACAGGGAUCAAGAUGCCCCUCAGUUGCAGUUUCACGCCGCUGUGCACCGAUGUGUUCCUUCAUGGUAGCCGGAGAAAAACACUCCAUCAGGAUCUGGAAAGAUAUCCGGUUUCCUCCCACAUUGCAAAGACAUACGGUUACCAGCAAGUUGGAAGGUGAUGAAGAAACUGGAUGCAGACAAGGACAGGAAACACUUCUGGAACAUGAAGAGAUCUCCCAGAAGACCUGAAGAAAAACCAUCGUUACAUCCCGUAUAAAGAAAAGGAAGUCACAGAGAUCUCAACGUGUAAUCCCCAGCGACACUGGUCGCGAGGUCUACAGCGGCAAUUUGCUCUCAGGGAGCGGGGAGCCACCGCCGUCUCCUCAUUUCACCGACAUUUCGCGGCAUGAGCUUGAUCCGAAGCACGCAUAUUCACGGAUGCGAUUGAGUUGCACGCCCUGGGCUGAAAAUGAAGAGAACCUGCUUCCUUCUGAUCUUCUUGCAAAAUGCUCUCCGGAUGGCUGCAGACGAUCCUGAUAGAAUUUUAAGUCUGGAAAUCCACCCGAGAGCUGCGUUUACAGGCGAACGGAUUGUCCUGACGUGUUUGGGGUCUGAAGUGGAGGUGGGAUACUAUAUCCCCUAUCAGUGGUAUAAAAACAACCGGCUAAUCAAACAGACGUAUGACUCUGAGUACAGGAUCAACUCAGCGAAACACUCCGAUAGGGGAACGUAUCGCUGUGAAUUCAAAUUCUAUAACUGGAAAUGGGUUUCACAGGACGUAGAACUUGCCGUAACAGGCGGCAGCGUUGUAUUGCAGAUCGACCCGCUUUCAGUUUAUGAGGGAGAUUCUCUGCAAUUGACCUGCCGGUGCAAAAGCUCUCAUGGGAGAAACCAACUUGAAUUUUACAAAGAUUGGACCCUCAUUCAUUCCUUGAAAGCGAAGGAUAAGGCAGCAGUGCACACAUUUAAAGUCAAUAGCUUGGAGGGCAGUGGAUCAUAUCUUUGUGCUGUUGGCAGAAAAUAUUCCAAUGUAGUGCGGGUGGAUGUUCGUGAGCUCUUCUCCAAGCCGACAGUACAGAUUGAACCGGAAGGUGGAAUUUUCGAGGCACUGCCGUUGACGCUCACCUGUGACGUCCAAUCGACCCGUUCCAACAUUCUUCUCCGAUACACAUUCUACAAAGAUUUCGAAACCCUGUCUGCUAACUCGGACAACAACUUUCUGCACCAGGAGGCAGCAACGAUAGAAGACUCGGGUACUUACAGUUGCGAAGCGAAUGCGCAGACCCAGGGUGUGCAAAAAUGGAGUGAAUAUAUAUCCAUUACUGUGGAAGAACUGUUUUCCAAACCAACGCUGAGGAUCGAUCAUGCUCUGGAAGUACUGGAGGGGGAUCCAUUAACACUAAACUGUUUUGUACAAACGAUCAAUUCCAAUACUCCUCUCCAAUACACUUUCUACAAAGGCGUUGAGGUUCUGAAUGCUAAUUCGGAUUUCCAUGAAAUGCACGUGAAAGCGGUAACGCUCGAAAACUCAGGAAUGUACUCUUGCGAAGCAAAUCCGCAGAUGUCUUAUCUGAGAAAGAAGAGUGACGAGGUAUCCAUUUCGAUAAGAGAGCUCUUCUCCAAGCCAAUACUGGAGGAGGAUUACGAAGCUGAAAUAUUUGAGGGAGAGCCAUUAAUUCUCACCUGCUUUGUCCAAAUGAUCAGUUCCGAUGUACAUCUUGAGUACACAUUCUACAAGGACUACGAAGCUCUGAAUAGCAUUUCGAACAACAGGCAAAUGCACGUGGAAGCAGUGUCGUUGAAAGACUCUGGAACAUACCACUGCGAAGCAAAUGCAAGGAUCCAGGCCGUGACGAAGAUCAGCAAUGAAGUGUUCGUUUCGGUGAACCAGAUUUUCUCAAAACCGGAGCUGAGGGCAGAAUCUGAAACGCAAUUGCUUGAAGGCCAAAUCUUAAAACUCGUUUGCCAGGUCGAAAUAUUUCGGCACAUUUCGUUGGUGUAUGAAUUUUACAAAGAUGGAACGGCUCUCCAUUUUGUGUCUGAUGGGAAUUAUUACGUUACGAGGACGUCUUGGCCAGACGACGCAGGCGUCUACCAGUGUGAAGUGACUGCUUCACGAAGCACAGUGAAGAAAAUGAGUAAUCGGGUUCCCAUCUCAGUCCGAGGAACUCCUGUGUCCAAGCCGGUGUUCACAAUGAGUCCGACCAACGAGUUAAUAGAAGGGGGCAAGGCGCUUUUCAUCUGCUCCGUGACCAAUGGUUCCAGACCCAUUACUUACAUUUUCUUCAAAGAUGGAAAGAAGGAAUUGCACCGAGAGGAAUCGAACCGAACUGAAAUACCAUACGAAAUUAUUAAUGUCAACAAAAGCUUCGAAGGAAAUUACAGCUGUGUUGUUGGAAACGCCGCGUCCGAACUCCGCCUUAACAGUGAAUUCAUUCAUAUUACAGUAAUAGUGCAGAGUCGAGCAACAAGCAUCACCAUCUCAGUCCUUGCCUCUCUUCUCGUUGUUGCCCUGAUUGGAUUGUACCUCUUCAGGCGUCGGAGGAAGAAGCAGAGUGAAUCCUCAAGUGCUUCGCAACCACAGGGGAUGGUCACUGAGAAUGGAUCCCAACCAUGUAAUGAAGACACAGCCUCAGCGAAUUUGGAAUAUGCCGUCGUGGGAACUGCUCGGAAUUCUGAUUCCACUGAAUCUGCUGCUGGAGUGGUUUAUUCGGAGAUCACUAUUAAGGAGCCAAGCAACUAUGUUAACGCAAAAGAAGCUUCAGGAGCGAUGCGAAACAAGGCGGUGAGCGCCAGCGACUACAGCGUCGUCUAUGCCCCAGUUAAUCACGUGAAAACGGGCGCUGGUCUGGAAAGAACUGACGCAGAUGAACCGGACGGCAGUGAUACAAAUUUCUAUGAAAACUUCGCACGGAAAUAAACCCGAGGCAGCAAUGAAAGAACAACUUCAGACGAAAUCUGCGUUGAAAAGCACUUUGACCUUGGAGGGGAUGAUAUUUCUACCAUGCAUAAUUGGCAUUAAACCCAAUGGAUUCCAGAAGUGUUAUAUUUCAU